CUCUUUUCUUAUUGGUCAAAAGCCACACUCACGUUCUGGGCCUUCAGCAAGCCCAGCCACUGGCUUUUGGCAUUUGAAGCCGCCAGACACAAAGAAAGCUUAAAAUCGAUUCCAGGUUCAAAUUUUCAGCUGUGAAGCUUGGUGAUGAGUGUUUGAGAGAGUAGUGAACAAGAACCAUGAUGCUUCUUCGCUCAAGAUGGAAACAACAUUUCAACAUGUCUCUUGUUUCUAGGCCAUUUCCGUUGUACUACUCCACGGAAGCUCCGGUUGAUUUCUCAGCUCUCGAAACUCGCGUUUUGAAGAGCGGUGACCCCAGAACUCCAAUGGCUCCGAUUCUGAACCAGUGGGUCGAAGGAGGUGGAGACAUCACGCAAAUUCAGCUCCAACGUCUCAUCACCCGCCUCGCUUAUUUCCGCCGAUUCACACAUGCCCUUCAGGUAUCAGAGUGGAUGAGCAAUGAAAGGAACUAUGAUUUAUCUUCUGGAUUGAUUGCUAAACGUAUACACCUCAUAUCUAAAGUUCAUGGCCUAAAAAAAGCAGAGGAUUUUUUCCAAGGCAUUCCUGAUGAUAAAAGGGGGUUCAAGAUCUAUGCUUCUCUUUUGAGUUGCUAUGCAGAACAUAAAUCUUUGGAGGAGGCGGAGGCUAUCAUGAAGAAAAUUAAGGAGUUGCGACCUAUGCAUUUAACGGUGUGUUAUAACAUAUUGCUAAAACUAUAUGCUCAGAAAGGUAAAUAUGAGAAAUUGGAUAGGUUGAUGCAAGAAAUGAAAGAGAAUGACUUGUGCAACGGUGCUACGUUUACCAUUCGGUUGAAUGCUUACGUGGCCGCAAAAGAUGUAGAGGGGAUGGAGAAGCUACUAAUGCAGAUGGAAGCUGAUCCUAUGGCGACUGUGGACUGGUAUACAUACUCUACAGCAGCAAAUGGUUAUCUGAAAGCUGGCAAUGUUGAGAAGGCCUUGGCUGCGUUGAAGAAAUCAGAGCAAUCAGUUAAGGGUAAGAAGUUGAGGCUUGCCUAUGAAUCUCUUCAAUCUACAUAUGCUGCUAUUGGGAAUAAGGAUGAGGUUUAUCGACUUUGGAAUAGGAUUAAGAAUCUUCAAAACUGUUGGAACUCAAGUUACAUAUGUAUGCUGAGCUCAUUAUUGAAGCUGGAUGAUUUUGAUGGUGCAGAGAAGAUCUUGGCAGAAUGGGAAUCCGAACAUAAAAACUUUGACACCAGAAUUCCAAAUUUGAUGAUCACUGCGUACUGUAAACGAGGUCUGUUAGAUAAGGCUGAAGCAUAUAUCCAGAAGCUCUUGGAUAGUGGCAAGAAAUUAGAUGGAAGUUCAUGGGACCGUAUGGCUGCUGGAUAUCACAUGGAUAAUGAUAUGGAAAAAGCAGUUCAAACAAUGAAGAAAGCAAUCUUGGCAAAUCGACCAGGCUGGAGGCCUAGCCCCUCUACUUUGGUUGCUUGUAUCACGUACUUGAAAGAAAAACUUGACUUGGAAUCAGCUCUUGAGAUUUUGAAGUUAUGCAAAGAAGAUGGUCAUAUCAAAAUCACUACCUAUGAUGGACUAGUAAGUUAUGCUCAUGGUGAAAUACCGGAUAAAGAGGCCCUUGAUUUGAUGAAACGAGAUUAUCAAAUGGAUGGAAAAAACUAUGGGAGAAUAUAAAAGAUGAACACAGAACUUAAUUUGUUUUUCUUUUUAUGAUCAGAAAGUUCGGGUGGCUUCAAAUGUGGUCAUGAGUUAGGGCAUGCCUUCAAGGUUGCUGGUCUUUCAACGCGACCCUCACAUCGACUGCGAAAACCGAACACCCAACUUUCUUCAAGCGAUCCGUUCUUACCAACGGAGUCAACCUGUAUUGUUGGUGUGCUGAACUUAAUUUUUUUGAUACAUGGGCUGAACUUAAUUGAUCUCAAAAGAUGUGUUGUUUCUCCAUUGCUGAUAACUCUGAUUACUUUUCCCAUUCCUAUUGUUUUAACUUUUAAGUAAUAAAUAUUAGUUGCAACAUUCAGCAUUA